AUGAACGGCAAGAGCGGGGUUUGGAGAAAGUCUGAAAUCAGGCCUGUCUCCCUGGAGAGCCCGAGUCCUGCGGCGCUGGCUCUGCCCUGGGGGGCGGGGGGCGCCCUGCACCCGCAUCACGCCGCGGCCGGCGGCCUGCACUUCGACGACCGCUUCUCCGACGAGCAGCUGGUGACCAUGUCGGUGCGCGAGCUGAACCGGCAGCUGCGCGGGGUCAGCAAGGAGGAGGUGAUCCGGCUGAAGCAGAAAAGGCGGACCCUGAAAAACCGCGGCUAUGCCCAGUCCUGCCGCUUCAAGCGGGUGCAGCAGAGGCACGUCCUGGAGUCCGAGAAGAACCAGCUACUGCAGCAGGUCGACCACCUCAAGCAGGAGAUCUCCAGGCUGGUGCGCGAGAGGGACGCGUACAAGGAGAAGUACGAGAAGCUGGUGAGCAGCGGCUUCCGAGAAAACGGUUCGAGCAGCGACAACCCGUCCUCUCCCGAGUUUUUCAUGUACCCAAGGGAAUCCUCUACAUCAGUGAUGUGAAAAUUCCUGUUGCCCGAAGUCAAAGAGGUACAUCUUAUUUCUGAUUUGCAUGUGCUUGUUUUAAUGCAUUUUCCAUGAGGGAGCAAGCAAGCGAGUGAGGAAUGUGGAUAACUCUCCAGGUGUGAAAGCCUCCUGCUCUCGGAGCCGUAGUGUCUGGGUUUCACGCGUACAUCGGUGGUGAUGCCAGAUGCUGAGGAGAAGGCUGGCGACUGCGAGACCAGCAUGCAUGCCUUUCUGUCCUGUUGUUAUCACGGAGGCGGGGGUACAGAGCUCUCGGCCAGUCUGAGCGGAUCUCAGACCUUCAGCCUGAACCAGCAGGAGUCUCUUGACUCCCAGAGAGCUGCCCGGUCUCUGCCUCAAUGUCAGACCAUCUGGGUGAAUCUGUACCAUUAGAAUCUGUGGUCGCUGGCCGGCUUCACAUAACCAUUCCAAAUUUACAGUCUCCUAUAACUCACUCCAUGCUCACAUUUGGAAAAGUUAGUGUAAUUUCAAAGCACAUUGUGUCUCUCCUCUGCAUCCAAAUGUGAGUUUGGAGCCACUCCCCACUAGGCUGAAGGAGGAUAUGGGGGUCAGAAAUCUGAUUUUCAUUGACAAAAAAAAAAAAAAAAUUGAAAUUAAGCUAUUUAAAUGGGUUUUCAACUACAGGAUUCCCAGGGUGAAUUUAAUUAUGAAUCUUCCUCAUUUGGAGAACCAGACCAACACUCUUACACCAAUAAUUAUUUAGCAUUAUGGUUUUAUGUAUUCUUGUUACCUCUUAUUGGCUAAUGGAAUGAAGUUUGAUUUUUUUAAAAUGAAAUUUGCUUGCUGAGAAAUUUGCAUGAAAUAUAGCUUUUGGUUUAAGUCACACUGUCAAAUUGCUACUCUUUGCCAAGGAGACACUUUAAGAAUACAGUGAAUUGAGGAUGUCAGAAAACAGACCCACAUUUCCCCCCAACUCUUCAAACAUGGUAUCUGAUUACUUACUUUUACAUACUGUUACUGGGAAAGUCUUUGAGUAACUGGACUGUGACUGUUUAACAUGAUUUCUUUCCUAGCCUUAAACAAAAUUAACAUUUUCUUUAAUAGUUCUCAUAUGUAGAUUUUUAACUCAGUGUAUACCAUUGGGAUUAAUUUGUGUGUUCUUGUGUGUGCAUGCUGUACCUAAACUUUAUCCCUUUCUUCUCUGACUUUAUAAUUGCAGUUUGAAAGCCAUCUAUUAAAUAGGAUGAUCUAACCCACCAGGCAGGUUUUGUUACACUGAAACCAUCCAUUUUGAGCAAAGAGUUAAUGAACUUUUAAGGCAAGGUUCACAUGGGUCUUGACCCCCCCGGUAAUAUUUCAUAUACGGUUACUUGUGGGAGAGAAAUCAAAUUUCAGCUGUGAACAUGAUUGACAGGUGAAAACUGGGAAGAGAGAGGCAUUUGGCCAGAUGGGGACGUUGGGUAGGAGAACAAUUCCUCAAAGUUACUCUGUGAUAUUAGAUAUUAUAACCGGAUAUAUGAAAAGUUUAAUAUGUGAUACUCUUGGGAGAGUUACUUAGUUUAUUUUCAGAAAGUCACUUUGGUUAAGAGAUUUCAGUCCUGGAAGCCAGAAAUGGGCAACCAGUAGUUUUCUGCUCUCCUGUUGAUUUCUGUUAUGUACAACUUCAUGGCUUAUUUCUGGCCAUUUUCUAGAUGAGAGUCUGAGAAUUAGAUUAGAAGCCAUUUGAGGAGGCAUUUAAUUACCUUUUAUUUAUUCUCAGAAACAUAGUCUAGAUUAUUGUUCUUGGUAUUAUUACAAAAUAGUGAUCCUAAGGGCUGUCACCAACAGAUGAAAUGCUCCAUUUCUGUAGCAUCUCUUGAUCUUAACAUUUUCCACUAGUGCAUGCUUCAGCUUAAUACACGCAAGUCUGCCCAAGUGCGUGAUUUGUCAAGGUCGUGCCUUCUAAGGAAGGCCUUCUAACAUGCCAAGACAACAGUGCUCUCACAGUGCUCUCUGAUGUCAGUUUUUCCAUGGUAGCACCCCUGGGUCAGGUGUCACGUUAGCAUCAUUGCCAUGGAAACAGGUGAUGAUGUUGCGUGACCCUAAGGCCAAGGGUGCCUUUGGAAUUCACCUCAGAGGCUGUCUCUUAGGGUGAAUUGUCAAAAGGAGACUAACAGCUACUCAUAGCUUGCACCAAAAUUGAAAGCAGGUAGGCCUUUAAUACACGCUCUUUCGUCUUGUGUGCUGAAACACUAAUUUCAGGGGGAGGUGGUGGACCUGAGCCAGCUGAUGUGUCUGCUCUACCGUUACAGAUGUUCCUGACAUUCUCUCAGACCCACCUGGAUGCAUCCGAGUCUUAACAGAGCCGCCCUGGGCAGGGCAGGUGGGACACACACACACACAGGGGAGAGGCCUGUUGGUAGCUCUCCCGCUGCCCGUGGGAGAUUCCUCAUGGAAUCUGUAUAAACAGCUCUGCCCCGGGUUCUAAGUGCCCAUCAGGUUUUCUCUCUCCCCAAUCUCACAGUUAGCUGGAAAUGUUUUAUGCUGACUGCACCAUCGCCAAUGUGAAUUCUAACCAACGUAAGGGAGGCUUUACUCUGUUACGAGCUGGGUUAUAAACAAAAACACAGUAAAAGGACUCCGGAAUCUCGUUUCUAUUUUGUAUAACGCGUCCUCCCACAUUGCUGCCCGUGAUCACCCAGAUAUAAAAUGCAAGCAUGGAUGCCUGAUGUCCAGUGUCCACGUGGGCUCCUGAGCACAGCUGUUUAAUUCAGACAUAGAAUUACAGAUGCUGUUACUGUUAUUUCCCUCGCAGAGUCCAUCAACGUAUUUUAACAGAAAUGGUGAAUCAGGUGUUCUCAGGCAAAGGCCGUGUGAAACACACAGGACGCAAGUGUUCCCUUAUUAUUGCCUGUGUUUGAAAAGCCCGCGUGAGAACAGUGGCUGGUCUGGACCCUGGCUUCACUGCAGACCCUUCAGGGCCUCCCAGUGCUCAGCUUGCCGAGUAAGUGCCCCACCACGGAGGCCAGCAAAGAGUCGGGUGCUGUCUGGCAUGCAGAUUUGGAGAGUGGACCAACCCCUCAGAGAUUCCAGGAGUGUGUCUUAAGCAGAUGACAUCACAGUAUGUGCUGGUACUGAGAGAGGAAGGGGAAAUAAUUCUGUUUAAACUGUUUCAGUACUGGGGCUUCCCUUAUCAAAUUGUUUGCUCUUGUUGUUUGUUUAGGUAGCCACCCCCACCCCCCUUCCCACACAAGGCUGCUUGAUGUCCUUUCUGUGGACACUGGCCCCACUAGUGGGCAGGUUUAAUCAAUCAAUUAUGGCAAAGCACGUACAGGGCAACCAGCUUAAUGAAGUCCCAUUAUUUUCAGUGGUCCUUAGGAUGCUAUUGAAGGGGCUAUCUUAAAGAAAGAAACAUUAUGCAUUUGGUGGGGGCAGGUGGGCAGGGGGGAGAAGGGUUUUUGCACACGAGUAUAGCACUCGUUAUUUAAAACAAAAUGAUGCUUCUGUCAAGAGCAUUCCUUCUAAAAGCACACAUUCAGUCACCUGCCAGAAUCUCAGAUUUAUUGCUGCCGUUCACAGAUGCCAAUGUUGAAGCUCUCUUCGCCUCCAGCUUGCUGAGUCUUUCAUUUCCUCGAUCCAAAAAUCACUGUAAAGUUGUUGUUUAGUGUCUGCAUUUUUUGCUUUUCCUGGCACCUAAUGAAAUUAUCAGCAAUAAAUGAGCUAUGCAUAAGG